AUGCCUUCUAUAAAAAAACAUACUAAAAUUCAAGAAAAAAAUCAUGAAAAUCAAAUUAAUGAUCCUUCAUUUUAUUUGGAGGAAAAAGUUAUAAAAAAAUUAGAUAAUGUUGUUAUAACGAACAGAAGACAAAGUCAACGAAUUGAAGAUAUGACAUAUUAUAAAAAAUUAGGUGAAGAAUAUUACAAUUUAUACUUAGAAAUUAUUACUGAAAAAGAAAAACGUAACAAAAUUGAAAUGUCUUUUAUUGAAGAGUCAACUAAUAAAAUGAUUGAAAUAAUAAACAAUAAAAUAUCUGUAAUUGAGAAAUACAAUAAUCAUGAGAAGGAAUCAAAUGUAUUUUCAAAGUUAGAUGACAAUUCUUUUGUUGAUUAUGAAUUUCCAUUACAAUUAACCAAAGAAAAGAUGUUAAAAAUUCAUGAUAUGUUUAUUUUAGAUUAUAAUAAAACAAUUGUUACUUUUAAUAAUCAUUUAGAAAAUUUGAAAUUUGAUGAAGAUGUAAUUGGAUCUGAGUAUUGGCAGAUUAUACAAAAAAGACUUAAUGAGUUAACAAUUUCCAUUGAUGAGGAAAGAAAACAAUUAGAGAAAGAAAAAUUAGAACUUGAAGAAAGUAUAAGUACUUUAAAUAUUAAAAUUGAGAAAGAAGAAAUUAGACAAUUGGCAAAGAAAAAAGUUCUUGAAUCUCAAAAGUUAAAAUUAUUAGAAGAAUUAAAUAAUCUCUCUUCUCAUAAUUAA